AUUGAAAAUUUACUAAUUAUCAAGUGUUUAUGAUUAAUUUUAUUAAUUGAGUAAAGUGCGAAUAAAUGAAAAACAUGCAAAUCGCUUAACAUAGCCCCAGAGAAAUUUGUUAGUGAUUUCAAUUUCAAUUAAAAGAAUUCCGAGAAAGAGAUAGAGAGCGAUAUUCACCGAUCCGAAAAUUCAAAAAAAAAAAAACAAUGUCCAACAGCCUGCGUCCCUUGAAAAUCACUAUAGUUGGUGACGGUAUGGUAGGCAAGACGUGCCUGCUCAUAACCUACACACAAAAUGAAUUUCCAAAGGAGUACAUACCAACCGUUUUCGAUAAUCAUGCCUGCACUAUAACUGUCGAUGAAAAGGAAUACAGCCUCACUUUAUGGGAUACAGCCGGGCAAGAGGAUUACGAACGACUACGACCCUUAAGUUAUCCAAACACUAAUUGUUUCCUAUUAUGCUAUUCGAUUAGCAGCCGCGCUUCAUUUGAAAACAUCAAGAGUAAAUGGUGGCCCGAAAUACGUCAUUUUUCCAAUAACGUACCGGUAGUGCUGGUGGGUACUAAACUCGAUUUACGUAUAGCGAAUUCCGAGAAAUUUGUUACAACAACCGAAGGACGACGUUUACGCAAAGAAAUUCAUGCUCACUCAUUAGUAGAGUGCUCGGCUAAGAAAAAACUUCAUCUGAAUACCGUCUUUGAAGAGGCAGUACGAGCUGUGGAAAAGAAACCGAAAAAUAAACCGCAUCAAUGUGUGGUGCUAUAGUCUCUAAAUAGUUUACUUCUACGUUUUUUUCUUCGAGGCCUCGUAAAUUGUUGGGUCUAACGUCUCAUAUCUGAUGUGCAUGUAUAUUUAUUACAUUUAAUUAUUUCGAUUUAAAUUCUUUUCUCCUUAUUGUUAAAUGCUCAGAAAAUUGAAAAAUAUUUUAAUUUUUUUUUUGUAAUCGAAACAUAUAAAAUAAUCAAAACAUAUAAAACCUGACCAAAGUUGUUUAUAUUAGGUGUGUAAAUAAAUUCGUUCCGCUUUUUUUGAUCAAAUUCAAUUUUACUUGAAAUAUACCACCAUUAUGGGGGGCUUAUGACACUCGACACUUGCCGGUUUGAAGACGAAAUAGUCUCCCCAU